CACUAUAAACUCGCUCUCAGUUCUCUUCAUAUUUUUUUCAAGAUGGCGGCCAACAGACCUCUGACGGAAGCGGUUAUGGCGGCAUUUGCAUUGAGUAAGUUUUCCAUUUUUAGAUAUUAUGGUCUUUUAUUCUAGACAGUUGUUCGUGAAUUGAAAGCUUCCUCUCGUGACAGACCUGACAGUCUUGUAGAGGAAUUCGUUCCAAAGUUGGCUUGCGUGCACGCCAGCUAAAAAUAAUUCAGCACAUCAUGCAUGUACAGUAGAGACGUAAGCUUACCAACCGCACAAGUGUAAUUCUUUCAUCACCACAGAAGCUUAUAUAUUCUUCGUGAUAUUGAGGAAGGUGUAUACGCCGAUGCACGCGAAUUUCUAUGCUCUGACGCAUUUCAUUGCGUGAAUUUGUAUUUUAUUUUACUUUGCAAUUGGCACAGACUCUGAUGUUUGAUCUGAGGGACAGUUUUUUUGUAUGCGCUAAUUGAUUUAACUAAAAGCUUAAGCUUAUAAUUAGUAUAAAUUGUCGUGAAUGAAGAUUUUUGAAACAUUUCUUGAACUUAAGAUGAUUUCAGAUCAUUUCUUCCAGGAUAUCACUAUAUACUUUAGAGACUUUUGACCACACUGAAAAACGAUUAUUUACACUCUCUUAUGGGAUCUUUCUCCAACAAGAUGAUCUUUGUAUUUAAUAAGGAGACAUUGAUUACAUGAAUAUUCUAAUUUUAUUCAGUGAUGAUGACAUGACCUAAAAUAUGGUAAACAAACAGGAGUUGUGAACAAUAUGCUAAGUUCAAGUUAGUAGUGAAGCUUAUUACCCAUAUCUUUAGGAAGCUUUCCUUGGAUCCAUCAUUUUUUUCAACAAAUUAUUUUUAAUGUAUGUUCCUUCUCUACAAGGAGGUAGCCAUAUGUGAUCGUUUUCUGUGGAUAAAUAUUUCCAACUUGUUGCAAUAUUUGUUUUUAUAGUACAGUCUGGGAGAUUUCCACUUCUGGAUAUAGGUAUCAUGUGUUGUGAUUGGUUAAGAUCAAAACCAAAACAAAGUAGAUUUGGCCGAUAGCUACUGGAGAUGAGUAGAAGUGAAACAAAUUUUUGAUUGUAAUGUGGCUACAAAAUUAUGUAACACGAAAUCACUGCACAGAAAGAUAGCAUAAGUAAAAUAAUUUAUUCAGCAUAUGCUCUUGCAUUCUGGAAGAGUGGAGCAAAUUCUUUUCAGUACAAAUUCAUCAUAUAAACAAUGCAAUAGUUAAUAAACGUCGUGACCCUCGAACCCAAGCCAAAGAAAAUGCUUAAGCUGCAUCGCAUCAGAGAUAAAUCCUGUAAGAAACAAAAUCAUUGACAAGAAAUAAUUAAUCGAUAUUCCUGAAACAGGUCAGCUUCAUGACCUCUCAACAUGAGACCAACAGCAAAGAAAGAAAAUAAUCGGAAGAAGCAAAAUUUUACAUCAUGAGGCAAAAGUCGUUUAGGCCUACAGACCCCUUUUUAUACCGUGUAAAUUUGGAUAUGACUUGUAGUUCACUACUGGUGAGAAUUCAACCAAUCGUACAAGAAUGCAUGACAAAGCAGAGCAGGAAAUCAUCAAAUUCACAGACAAAACAGUUACAAAUCCAGAAUUGGAUAUCUCCCAGACUAAUAGUAAUGUCUCUUUCUAGACCACAGUGCAUCCAGGCUUGCCUUGAAUGUGUACAAUGUACAGUAUGAAAAUUAUACAGUGGAACCUUGAUUUAUCAAACCUCUAUAUUUAACGAAGUCCUUGGUAUAACAAAAAAUUUUCUUCAGCCCAGCCAAAAUUACAGUAACAUGUUCGGAACAGAACCUCGAUUUAACAAAAUCCUCAUUAUAAUCAACACAAUCCACAAGCACAAACGUAAAAUGUACCUCGAUAUAAUGAAUAAAUGUCAGUAUGUGAUAAAAGAUGAAUGCCAAACAGACCAACAAAGAUAAAAUUUAUGUGUACAGUAGUUUUAAGCAGUUUUGUUUGCCUGUUAUUGAGUUCCUAUAGUGCCGUAGCUACAUAUAGCUUGGUACUGAAAUGUUAUUACAGUAAUUUUUCAGAUCCGGAAAUGCUGGGUUUUGUAAAUUAAUUGUUAACUAUACCUCAAAAUAAGUAAAUUCGUUAAUUGAGAGUGUUCGAUAUAACGAACCCUCCAUUUAACGAACAAAUUUCCCCAGUCCCUUGGCACUGUUAAAUCGGGGUUCGACUGUAAUACUUUUCUUUAGCUUAGUGGGUAGAGCAUCUGGACGAGUAACCGGAAGGUCAUAAGUUAUGACUCCUAUUUGGAGUUCUUGGAUUUUUGAUUCAGAGCUGCUUGGCUUGUGUCACUGACUAAAAAAUCGUCUUCCUCAAUACCUUUCAUGCUACACUGUACUCAAUACACUUAACAAUGUUAUUCUAUUGAAGGCAUGAUUGCUUCAAAUUUUUUACUCUAGUACAUGUUCUUUGGUCAACUUUUGUUCAAGUUAUUGUGCUGCCGGUCUCCCAGAGGCCCAACCCUAUCUCAUACACACUAUUCUGUGGUUACACUGCGGUUAAGCGCCUUGGGUAGUUGAUUUUUGCAAAUUGUAAGAGUGUUUGUAAAUUUGUGAGAUCACAACCUAGCCCUCUUGUGUACCUUACAAAUAAUGUACCUCGUGUUCCUUUACUCAUUCGCCCCGGAAAUUUUGCUGAAAAACGUUAGUCAAGCAGUUUUCUGGUCACUGUCGUGCUAUAAAGAGCUAAAACUUACCAUAAAGCCAUUUAUAGCUUGUACACUUUGCGGCCUUCUGAUCCAGAUGCAAAAUGAGCUUGCGAAGUUCAGGCAUGCACAGAAAACAAACUUGCGAGAUAGUUUUGGUAUAUAUUUUAGAGUUUUUUGUAUAUUGUAUUUUAAUGCAGAUGUAGAUGUCACAGAUCCAAAUUAAAUUCAGGUUACUUUUUUUAACAGUAGGGUGAUUCUCAAUUUUAUUUGUUUCCCAGCCCUAAUAAAACGAAUUAUGAGAGUUAGGAGAUCAGAUUUUUAAAGGAAAUAGAGUUGAAUAAACCUUAGCCUGAGAAAACAGUCCACAUUUCACAACACCACCGCUGGUUAUCCCGCAAAAUGAUGUGGCAUCGUGAAAUGUGGGCUGUUUUCUCAGGCUAAAUCAACCUAGGUUAAAAAAUUUUAUCCUGGAUUUUCAUUUUUGACCUCUAACUGAUAGUAUUAUUGUCAGAGGAACAAAUCCGGUAUAUGUUUCUGUGGUAAAAUGUUAUUCCUAUGAUAGCAAUAAAAGUCAUUGAUCUGGGCAUGAUUUUAAAGAAGUACAGCGGGCAUCCACCUCUUAUAACGACAUCUUCUUGGCAUUAGCACCUCUCACCUAGAUUAAAAAAAAGUGCCAGGGGUGUUUUUUUCCAGGAUUUACAAUGUGUAACCCAUAUAAUGCAUGAAGGCUUGGUACCAGAGGUUGAUCAUAAUUUUUAUUACACUAAUGAUGUGUAUUGUACCUACACUUUAGACACAGAACAAGAGGUAUGGCCGGAGAAUGUGGAGCUUUAUGAGCCAUGUAAAGGUAAUUUAAUCUUCGUUGUUACAUUUGUAUUAGUAAGUAAGGACCAAUACAUGCAUGUAAUAUGUCAAACUUUCCCAGAUUAUCCAGGAGUCUUGAUCCUUGAUACAGCACAAAAUAAUCUUCCGGUCUCCUGCACACUUCACUAAAUCUUGUGAAUGAAGAUGUCUUUGAGCUCUAUUGUAUGAUAUCACAAAUUUCUCCAAAAUAUAAAAUUGUCUUUUUUUUUGUAGAUCAUAUUUGCACAUCUUUCAUCACGACUGACAAAGACUGUUUUCAUCAUUACUAUAAUUAGCAAGUGUUUUUUUUUUGCCUCAUGCAAGAAUAUGUAUUUAAUGUCCUACAUCACACCCAUAUCAUGAUCUUUAAGUGCUGGGUUGCUUUGAUUGUAUUACAAUGGGGUGGGAUGAGAGUGUUGGGCUGAUAAUAGAGGCUGGAAAAUGGGUGGGGGCGGGGGGUGGGGGUGAAGGUAGGGUUGUUUGUAUGAAAGAGACAGUCCAUGGGUCUCCAGAGUUUAGCACAUAUGUAUAAUUUCUGAAAGUAGCCUUGUGCAGUCUGGUACAAGUACACUUGCCCUGUUGCCUUAUUUUCUUGUAAUGAUUCCAACUUGAGAAUUAGAAUUCAUGUUGUAUUGGUAUUAAUUUUUAUUUUUAUUAUUACAUUUUUAGAUACCAUUCUUCUGACAGAUGCUGCUAAUUGUAGAAGUGCAGAGGUACAUGUAUGAAAAAUUGUCAUUUCUACUGGCUUGAUUUGUUUUUUGUAUAAACUGUUAACUCAGAUAUAUUGUUAUAAAAGUUAAUGCAUGUUUACUAUAAUCCGUGAGUCCGUGAGUAUGAAAUCUGAUGGUUACCAUUACCUCCCAAUUAAAACAUCUUUAGCAAUACCUUUCAUGGUAGUAUUUGUUCUUGGCAUAAUUUGGAGUGUUAUGCAUAAUUGCACCUUUUCUCAUGGGUUCUAACAUGCUAAUCUGUCAUAAGACAGACCUUCUGAUGAGGUGUCAAAAUUAUUGGCAAAUCAUGCUGAAUUAAUUUUUUUAGAGGUCACAUGAAGCAGCAGAAAAGAUAUACGCAUGGCAAAUUAUGCCAUUUCUCAGCACUCUAUAUUAUUUGUGUUAGACUGCUAGUACUUACUAUACUACCAUACUAAUAAAAUAUUUUUUACAACAACUUCACAAGUCUCUGCAUGAUGUUUCCAAAGUAAGUCAACUCAAAAUGAACAAUAAUAUUUAUUUUUUUCUUCCUGUUUCCUAAUAAUUUUACUAACAGCAUGCUCCUUUAGCCUCCCACGCAGACGUUCUUUGGGGCUCGUCUCACAUUCCUGCCCAUGAACAUCUGCUGAAAUGAACGGUUUAAUUCCUUUCCUAUAGUUUGCAAAUAUCAGCUGGAGCUCAUGUGCAGAUUAGUGAAAGAACCAAUCCACAAAAUUAAGUCAAAGUGUUGACAAUCCAAACACAACAUACAAGUUCAGUAGAGUGUGAUACUUGACCAAAAAG